AGGGGAAAGAGAGGGAAUGGAGAGAGAGGGAAAACAGGGUGAUGUGUGUGCUGUGAAUUCAGAGCUGGGUGGGUCUACAGUGUUUCACAUUCCUAAAUAUCUCCCGUGCCGUGCGUAAAAAGCGCUUUCAGUUCACAAAAAGCCACAAUGUUGGUGCUGGCUGGAAUCAUCGUUCUGCACAUUACCACCAUCAUCCUGCUGCUGGUGGCCACCAUCGAUAAUGCCUGGUGGAUCACUGACACAGUGUCAACUGAUUUGUGGGGCCGAUUAGAGUUGACAAACUCCAUCUGGCACUACAGCAACCUGAAAGACUACCCAGAGGAAUAUCUCCAGACGAUACAGGCCACCUCAGUGCUGGCCUGUAUCUUUGCCAUCCUGGCCCUGUUUGUGUUUGUGGCCCAGCUCUUCACGCUGCCCAAAGGCCAGAGGUUCACCUUCACUGGCAUUUUACAGCUAAUCGCCUGCCUGAGUAUAAUGAUAGCAGCCUCCAUCUACACGGCCAAGCUUCACACCAGUGACACAGUGGGAGGGUACGGACACUCCUAUGUCCUGGCCUGGAUCUCUUUUGUUCUCACCUUUCUCUUAGCGGUUACCUACCUCGUCCUGCGGAAGAAGAGCGAGUGAGGGGGGUAGAGGAAAGGGGGCGGGGCUGGGGACAGAUUCCUUUUGAGUGUGGGAAAUUUUAAAAGUGGGAUUUGCCGGAAAUUUGGUGAGAGAAAAAAAAAAAAAUCUACAUCUGCAGCUAGGUAAAAUCGGGGGGACUUGUAUUAAAUCACUAAAAAGAGCCAUUUGUUUCUACUUUGAAUAAUGUCAAUGCAAAUAGAAAUAAUGUUAUCAGUACAUGAAGGGCUGAACUUUACGUGGACAGUUUUUCGUCCAUGACUAAGAAGAGGGCAGGGUAGUAUUUUAGUUUCAUUAGAACAGUAUGGGGAGUAAAAUAAUAGGUGUGAUUAGGUGGAAGCAAAACAAGUGGUCAUUUCAAAGCUUUACUGCCACAAAAUAAUCAGUGGAUCAUUUAUCUCAAUUGUGAGUUGGAAGAACUCAGUCCACAUCCAGUAGUUUGACAUCUGGACAAAGACUUACUCGCUUUCUUACUAAGAAUGAUGCGCAGGCCAGUAUUACACCAACACACAAUCUGUAUGAAGCUAAAGACAGUAAGUUAGCUUAGCUUAGCAUAAACACGGAAACCAGGGGGUCACAGGGAAAACACAACCUGUGUAUUAAAUAUGAAGUUACAGCCAAUAAGUUAUCUUAUCUUAGCAUAAACAGACAACGGGGGACACAAGGAAAACACAAUCUGUUGCUGCGUUCUGUGAAACCCCCACGUCGAACUCGGUUCAGUUAUAAUUUGAGCUUUGAAUUAUCCUAUUAGAUCUUGUUUAAGUGCACUGGUGCUGGUUGGAGGUUUGAUUUGCUUUGGACAAAACUAUGCUAGCUGUUACCCCCUGUUUUCAGUCUCGAUACUAAGCUACACUAGCCAUCACUGUACAGAUCUGAGUGGUAUCAAUUCUCUCACCUAGAACUCUAAAAGAAAGCAUUUAAGCGUUGAUCCCAAAAUGUCAAACUACUGCAUUUGAAAUCUUAGAGUUCCUGGUGUGAGAAGGUUAAAAGCCCUUUGAGAUCUUUAGUAGUUGAACAUAUUCUGUGAUUUCAAAGUACUCAUCGUCCUGUAUAAUCACAUUGUGAGGCGGACAGCUACCGCCGCAGUGGUCCAGAUUUGAGGAAUGAAAAUAAAAUCUGUAUCUGAGAGGGUACGGCGUGUUGGCCGAACUACAGCAUUCCUUUUUGCAGAACUUGAACAAUCAGGAAAGACAAGCCUUAAGUUACAGUACAAGUAGUUUGAAUCAUGUAUCGUUAUUUUACAACUGAAGUAUAUUGUAUCCUUUUUAACCUAUGUACAUUGUAACCAUUAUAUUUUUGUAACAUUUUGUAUGGAGUGUUCUUUUUUGUUUUAGUCAUGUUUGAUUUUGUGUCUGUUAGUUGGCUGCUAUCCUAAGAAAGUACAUGUCAUGUGUACAAGUGAACCAGGGAUGGAGGACAAUGGUGGUUUAUUUCACCAUAUUACAGAACUAUACAAUAGAAGGUUUUGUUUGUAAUUACAUUGGAAUAAAAGCCAUAUCAUUUAUUAAUAAAAACAAAUAACUCAAGGCA